AUGAGUCAAAUCGACCUCAGUAUGGGCUACCAUAACAUGAGGAUAAGAGAUAGUGAUUGUCAAUUUACUGCUUUCGUAUUGCCUUGGGGUCAAUACGAAUAUACAAGAGUUCCGUUUGGAAUCAAAACGGCACCUAGAGUAUUUCAGAGAGUAAUGGCUAAUAUACUUCAUGAUUUACCUUAUGUCAAGGUGUUUUUGGAUGACAUUCUUGUGCACUCUGCAACAAGAGAGGAACAUAUCAAUCAUCUUAGACAGAUAUUAGUAAUAUUACGCGAUCAUAAUGUCAGUGUAAACUUCGAAAAAUCCAGCUUUGGUGUAUCAGAAGUUUCAUACCUCGGAUGUAUUAUUAACAACGAAGGAGUGAGACCUGAUGUAACUAGAAUAGAUAAUAUUACUUUAAAAUUACCUCCAAGAAAUAAAAGAAUGUGUAAGAGUAUCAUUGGGUUCAUUGAAUGGUUCCGACCAUAUAUAAGAAACCUGAACGAAAGAAUAAUACCACUUAACAAGAAAAUUUGUAAAGAAACGAAGUUCUAUUGGGAUGAAAAUGAUACUAAAUUAGUUAAUGACAUAAUAAAAGAUAUCAAAACUCAAGUGCUUCUAUACAGACCAGACAUGAAUAAACCAUUUAUCAUUGAAGCUGAUGCUUCAGAUUAUGCAAUUGGCAGAAUUCUAAAGCAGGAGAACAAGGAAAUUGGUUAUUUCAGUAAACAUUUGAGUAAAUCAGAGUGCAACUACACAGUAAUGGAAAAAGAGAUGUUAGCCAUCCUAAGGACUGUGCAAAAGUUUAGAAAGAUUAUCUAUGGAAGUAAAAUAAUCAUAAAGACUGAUCAUGCUAACCUUACAUUUCAAAGAAAUGAUCUUUCUAACAGAGUGAAUAAAUGGAGAAUUUUACUGUCGGAGUAUGACUAUACAUUAGUAUACAAUAAAGGAACUGAUAAUAUAGUUGCUGAUGGGCUCUCUAGAUUAUUCCUAAUUCAAGAAACCUUUGUUGAAAUAUUACUUCUCACUGUAAUUUCAUCUGAACAGUCUAAUGAAGGGUUAAAAAAUCAAAAUGGUUUUAAACAAAUUAAGCUUAAAUUAGACAUAAUGAUUUAUGUGACAGAAGAUGACAAAAUUUUUAUUCCAAAGAGUUUAGAAAUUGAAUUUAUUAAUAAAGUCCACUCGUUAUUAGGACAUCUAGGACCUGGAUCAUGUGUUAAAACAGUUAAUAGGUUCUACUAUUUUAAAGGUAUGGAUAAGAAAUUUAUCGAAACACUGCAAAAUUGUGACUUUUGUCAAAAAUUUAAACAUAAGAGUCCAAAAUAUGGUAAGGUAUCUAUAAUAAAGACACCUGAGAUGCCAUUUCAGAUUGUCUCAUCAGAUAUUUAUGGGCCAAUAGAAAUUGCAAGAUUUCCAACCUCAAAAGUAAAAGGUGGAAAGGUAUACAUUUUAACAUUUACUGACUUACAUUCACGUUUUUCAAUAGCUUUCUUAAUAAGAAAUAUUGAUAGUGAAACAGUGAAGUAUUAUAUUGAUAAAUGGAUACAAAUGUAUGGUAAACCUGAGAGAAUAAUCACUGAUUGUGGGACGCAGUAUAAGAGUAAAGUUGUGUCUGAAUAUCUAACUUCUAAUAAUGUGAAACAUUCAUUAACUACUCCAUAUAAUCCUGAAGCUAACGGUACUUCAGAGAGGAUUAAUCAAGUGCUUAAAAGAAUGCUUAGUUGUAACAUUGGCAUCUCAAUAUUAAAGGUAAUUCAGUAA